ACCCAGUUCUCCCAUGUCCUUCAGCAGUUCAUUCAGCAUGAUGGCUGCUGAUGCUGUGGAUGCUCUCUGCUGCAUUCUGCAUCCACACCAGCUUUCUCUUCUCUUUCUCACCGUCACCCUCUCCUCUCUACCUCCCGCGACAGCAGCACUGCUCGGCGUCCGGCCGGAGGACACCCAGAGCGGAAAGCUGUCCGUGCAGGAUGGAGUACUGCGGGCGGUCGAGGGCACUCGCUUCAUACUGAGGGUGUACUACUCCGCAUCUCCCGCUAUGGAGCAUCCCAACAGCCUGAACAUGAGCCGCAGACCCGACGCCGCUCCCGCCGCUCCGUGGAUCGCGUUCAUAGAGGAACCGGGCGGGGACGGUGGGGACAGCGGGGACACGGAGGGGCAGCUCUUGCCCAGAGGGAAUCCCUGCGAAGAAGAGAGUGCCCGGAGCUCCGACAUCGAGCUGCUGGGCUCUUUCAGAUCGGCCUCAAGUCACAACUCAGUUCUUGUGGAGCUACUCGCGAAGGACCUGCGCAAAGGCGAGCUGAUCAAAUACUACUCCAUGUGCGCGUUUGAUGGAGUGAAGUGGGAACACUUCAGCACCAAAGACUUCUGGUUGGCGGUGGCAGAGAGACCUCCAGAGGUAGAUGUCUGGCUCCAGGCAGGUGUGUCGGUGCUCUUGUUGGGACUGUCUGCGCUCUGCAGCGGUCUGAACAUAAGCAUGCUGGCCCUGGACCCCGUGGAGCUGCGGGUCCUGCAAAACAGCGGCACAGAGAAGGAGCAGAAAUACGCACGGAAGAUAGAGUCGGUGCGUAAACAUGGAAACUACAUCCUUUGCACUGUGGUGCUUGGCAACGUGCUUACAAAUACAUGCUUUGUAGUGUGGAUGUGCCAGAUUUUAGGAUUGACUGCUCUCUCAACUGCCUCUUGUACUUUGGGGAUAUUCUUCAUUGGUGAGAUCUUACCUCACUCAAUGGCGUCCAGGCACAGUCUCGCCAUCGCCUCCAAGACCCUCUGUGCGACCCGCCUGCUGAUGCUGGUGUUCUUCCCCAUCGCCUACCCAGUCUCAAAGAUUCUGGACAUCCUGCUGCACCAAGAGAUCAGCAGCUUCUACACCAGGGAGAAGUUGUUGGCCAUGCUACGCGUCACCGAUCCGUACCACGACCUGGUCAAAGAGGAGCUCAACAUCAUCCAGGGAGCCCUGGAGCUGAGGACCAAGACCGCUGAGGACGUGCUGACCCCACUGUCAGACUGCUACAUGGUGUCCUCGGACGCAACGCUGGAUUUCUGCACCAUGUCGGACAUGAUGCAGAGCGGUUUCACCCGGAUUCCGGUCUACGAGAACGAGAGGUCCAACGUCGUGGACAUCCUGUUUGUCAAAGACUUGGCCUUCGUGGAUCCUGACGAUUGCACCCCCCUAAAAACAAUCACUCAGUUUUACAAGCAUCCCAUGCACUGCGUGUUCAAUGACACCAAGCUGGAUGUGAUGCUGGAGGAAUUUAAGAGAGGCAAGUCCCACCUGGCCGUGGUGCACAGGGUGAACAGCGAAGGUGACGGAGACCCCUUCUAUGAAGUGAUGGGCAUCGUCACACUGGAGGACGUCAUAGAAGAGAUCAUCAAGUCGGAGAUUGUGGAUGAGACAGACCUGUUUACUGAUAAUAGGAACAAACGACGUGUGUCCAACCACGAGAGGAAACAGCAGGAUUUCUCCAUCUUCAAACUGGCAGAAAAUGAGCUGAAGGUGAAAAUCUCGCCCCAGUUGCUGCUCGCAACACACCGCUUCUUGACAACAGAGGUGGAGCCCUUUAGGCAGUGCCACCUGUCAGAGAAGAUCUUGCUGCGUCUCAUCAAACAUCCCAACAUUGUGCAGGAACUCAAGUUCAACCCCAAGAACAAACACGCUCCUCAACACUACCUCUUCCAGAGAAACAAACCUGUGGACUACUUUGUCCUCAUUCUGCAGGGACGGGUGGAGGUAGAUAUAGGAAAGGAGGGGCUUCGCUGUGAAAAUGGAGCGUUUUCCUAUUAUGGCAUGCCAGCACUCAUCAUGCCCUUGCCUAUUGGUCCGAGGUAUAGUUCCCGAGGCAGUGGUCUGAACCAAUCAGAUUCAUUCCUGAGUGGAGGCAGCAUGGGACAGCUCACUGCAGGAGGAGGGGUCUACUUACCAGACUACUCCGUCCGACAGCUCACAGACCUGCAGAUCAUUAAGAUCACCAGGAUCCACUACCAGAACGCCCUCAUGGCCACCCGGAUGGACAGCUCCCCUCAGACACCAGACCCGGUGGAUCCUGAUGCUAAAGGGAGGCCUGGGGUCCCAGAGACCCGCUCACACAGCAUCGCCCUCCCUCUCACACACACACACACUCGUCUGGGGCUGGCACGCCUUGCACAUCUCCAUCCCCACGGUGGCCUUCGCAACACCUCCCAGCUCAAUAAAAGAAACCGUAUUGUCCGCAGCAAAUCUGAUGGGCAGAGGAGUCCAAAUGAUACGGUGUUCCUCCGCCUGGAUGAGAUUCCCUACAUCCGUGAGGACCGGCCGGAAAGUUAUGGAGAGAAUGACGUGCCUAAGGAGUCUCAACCCUCCACCUCUCCCUUCAUCAGCUCUCUGUCUCUGUCCAGCUCGGAGGAGAACAUUGGGAAGAAGCUGUUGCGUAAAUUGAGUAACAAGAGGAGGAAAAGGUCUCAGGAUGGAGAAAAGAGUUUGGAGGAAGGUUCAGAGCAACCGCCAGUGACGAGCUAGCACAGUGACACUGAGGGGGAGGGAUGAGGCUCCUUACUCUUCAUCACUAGCUGGUUCUCCUUAAUAAGCAGCCAGCCCCUCAUAGACUCCCUCCAUGCUCUGACACAGCGCUCACAGCUCAUGUGAUGUCACCACCAGUAACACUCAGGUCCUCACUGGCACACUCUGUCCCACCUCUGCUGGACUUCACACCCAUAAAGCGAUUGGUGAUAAUAAGUGGGACAGAUCUGAAAGAAACUUGAUUGGACAAAUCUAAAUAAUAUAGUCUUAGAUUAAUCCAACCUUACACUGGACUGCGUGGAGGUUUUAAUCAAAUGUUUUGUUCGUAAACGAGGAAAUAUUGCUUUACCCAUAAUCAAUGUUGAAGCUCACUUAGGCCAUCUGGACUUGAUAAGAUCUCUCAAUAUGGAUAUUAUGGGUCAUUUCUAGCCAGUUUUGAAAGUUUAGGAGAUAAAAAUUGAAUACAGGAGUUUUACAAAUUCUUAUUUGUUAUUAUGAGGCAGUUCCCACAUAAUGAACAUGUUGUUUGUACAGGGAACUUUCCUAGUGUUGCCAUACGGAUGCCACCUACCACCAACAGUACCAUCGGCUAAGAACAAAGAGCCAUAAAACAAGAGCACAAUUUUUAUGCCAUGUUAUAAGAACACAAUUAUGAAAAAGCCAUAAAGUAAGUCUCAGCUUGAAUGACUACUUAUUGUACACACUAACUGAUCUCUCAGCAAGUUCAUAGAGAUGUGCUUAAUUUUGAAAAUACCUGUGCUUGAAAUAACACAAUUUCUUCGCUGAUUUUUAUAUGAAAGUGUCAGAAUUACGCAAAGUAAUUUACAGAUAGCAAUAUAAGUAAUCAUACAUGGUGCAAAUGGCCACCACAUACACGCAAACCUUCAGUGAAUGCGUCCUUCCCACAUGCAUUUGUCCUGCAUGCGUAUGGUAGGCCUAUGCCGUUCCAUCUAAACAUUCCCCUCUCACUGCAUAUGUAGCAGUACAGACACAGCUUUAGUGUUUCUCGUAAACCACCUCACUUAUCAUUCGCCUGUUGUUUGUUUUCAUCCAGAAGAGAGCGCGAAGGCGAUCAACUUCACACCGUUAGCUGUCACAUUAGCCACUUUUCUAUGUAGGCUACAGUACAUCUUACUAAAACUGUAUACAGUUUAGUUGCAACUUGCAUGUUUGUUUAUGCUGCUAUUACUGUUGAAUCAUCCCCUGUAGAAAGCCCCGUUUUUCCAUAUGCAUGCUUAAGUAGAGGAAUGCAUGAACGGGAAGAUCUGCAGUAGCUUCCCAAAGGCUACAAAGAUUUAGUGAGUGACUUACUGAAAUCUUAAGUGACUUAAGAUUUCAAAUGUAAUCAAAAUUGUUUAUUCGAUAAGUGCAAUAAAUACUGGAACAAGGCGGCGCUUUACUUGGAGGAGCCAAUAAGACGCCGCUUUGUGAGAGGAACAAUGAAGCAAUAGUUCUAGAAAUCAUCUAUUAUUGAAAUAAUGAAAUAACCAUUUGAUCCUUUUUAAAGGAAGUGGUAUAGCUACUCUGCAAUGUGAAAUGUUGACAGGUAAAUUGCCAACACAACAGGGAGAGAAAUACAUGAAAGAGGAAAGCAAUGUGACGCAAACAAGCACUCCACGACCUCCCAUCAAACGCACACACAAGCACACAUACCCCCCCCCCCCAAACACACACACACACACACACGACACUGCACUGCUAAGCCAUUCACAUUGACCCCGCUGUGUGUACAGAGCAUCCAACAAUGUUUUGAUCCCACAACAGACGCUGAGCACGAGAUAUUGUGUGAAUCAUAAAGUCUCUCAGCUGAAUACUUUAAAACAUUUUACAGUUGGUUAACACAGAUUUAUAUUCGUGAGGGUUGAUAUACGGUUUGUAAUAUAACAUUUAGAUGAUUGUAUAAGUUACCCAAAGAUAUCAAAAGACAGACUAUAUGUUCUACACAAGGAUUUAUUCAAUUAUUAAUAAAUUGACUGAACCAAU